UGUCUGUGGUAUUGCGCGCCGUUCUUCGUCUCUCUGGUCUCGUUUGCCAUUUAUGUGUCCAUCGAUUCCGCCAACCAAUUGACCGCAGAAAAGGCGUUCGUAUCGCUGGCUCUCUUCAAUAUACUCCGAUUCCCGCUCACAAUGCUUCCCAAUUUGGUCACCAGUAUCAUCAUGACAAGCGUUUCGGUGAAGCGAUUGAAUAAAUUCUUAAACGCACCCGAAUUGAGUGGUUAUGUGACCAGAGAUUUGGAUGCAAAACAUGCCAUUAAUGUGAGAAACGCGUCAUUCAAUUGGAAGAAAGACACCGAUGAGACCGCCGAAGAAGAUUCUAAUCACUCGACUCUUAGUGGUAUCAACUUUGAGAUCAAGAAGAAUUCAUUUGUGGCGAUUGUCGGGUCCGUCGGCUCCGGCAAAAGUUCACUACUGAGCGCACUGUUGGGCGAUAUGGAGCUCGAAAACGGAUCCGUUAACAUCUGUUCCUCGCAGAAGAUAGCGUACGUUCCCCAACAGGCGUGGAUCCAGAACUCGAGUCUCAAGAAUAACAUAUUGUUUGGCAAACCAUUAGAUGAUAAACGAUAUCAACGA